UUAUAACAUGCUCGACUUGUUUCAAAUAAAAAAGUUUUGUUAAGAAUCGAAAAUCUUAAUGAUGGUAUCAGAAUGAUAAAAAUGUAAAAAUUUGUUGUUGCGAUAAAAGUAUAUAUAAAAGUGAUGGUGGGAGUGGGCAGUGGUGAGUGAGGAGUGAAGAUGGGGUCAGAGGUGUCUAAACAGAUGGAGCGAAGAAAGACAAUCCAGACAGAGAAGAAGAGUCUGUCCGAUCUGAAAAGCAGCGGAGAAGACUACCCUGGCUCCGACUACCGUCCCCAAGACAGAAAAAACUGGAUGUCCCAUCUCGACCCUCAGAAACUCCGCAUCAACCAAAUCGUCUGGCCCGGCACCCACGACUCCGCAACCAACAAAAUUGGCAUCCCUCUCCUCACUCGCCCCUUCGCCCAGUGCCAAUCCCUCUCCAUCUACCGCCAGCUCUCCCUCGGCACCCGCGUCCUCGACAUCCGCGUCCAAGAACACCGCCGCGUCUGCCACGGUAUCCUCCUCACCUACGGCGUUGACCUCGUCCUCAACGACGUCAAGAAGUUCCUUUCCGACACGCAGUCCGAAAUCCUAAUCCUGGAGAUUAGAACCGAGUUCGGCCACGAGGACCCUCCCGAAUUCGACAAGUACCUGGAGGAACAGCUGGGGGAGCAUCUGAUCCAUCAGGACGACGCCGUUUUCGGGAAGACCGUGGCGGAGUUGUUGCCAAAGAGAGUUAUCUGCGUUUGGAAGCCCAGAAAAUCGUCCCAGCCCAAACCUGGGAGUCCUCUCUGGAGUGCGGGCUUUCUGAAGGAUAAUUGGAUCAACACGGAUCUGCCUUCCACCAAGUUCGACGGCAAUUUGAAUCACUUGAGCGAGCACCCUCCCGUUACGUCGCGCAAAUACUUCUACAGGAUCGAGAACACCGUUACCCCCGUCGCGGAUAACCCCGUUCUCUGUGUUAAACCUGUUACCCGACGCAUUCAUGGCUACGCCAGGCUCUUCAUCGCUCAAUGCUUCGCCAAAGGAUUCGCUGAUAGGCUUCAGGUCUUCUCCACGGAUUUCAUUGACGAGGAUUUCGUUGACGCAUGCGCUGGACUCACUCAUGCAAGGGUCGAAGGGAAAGCCUGAAUGCCCGAAUUCAACUAUUAAUAUUGUUUGUUAGGGAUGGAUGUUUUGCUUUGUGUGUUCCUUUGAUCUUUGAUGGUGUCGUCACUGUACUUUUUUUAUUUAUUUGUUGUAAAGCUGUAUAGAUUUUAUUCUAAACUGUAAACUGGAAUAUCGAAAUGCACCCUGUCCGUUUACAAAGAAUUUCAUUUCCUGCUGCUAGUACACAGCCCCAAGUCUUGUAUCAAAUGCUCAUGAUAGGGCUCAGAAUAUUCACCUUCAUAAAAUAAAUUAAAUUGCUUUCUCCA